AUGAGUACUCCAAUUGGAGGAUGUGCACGUGGUAUGACGAGAUAUCCACAUACGAAGGGUUUCAAGGCUGCAUGGGCCUUUACGAGGUCGCUACUUGAGGAGGAGGAGGAGGAGGAGGAGGAGGAGGAGGAGGAAGAGGAAGAGGAAGAGGAAGAGGAAGAGGAAGAGGAAGAGGAAGAGGAAGAGGAAGAGGAAGAAGAAGAAGAAGAAGAAGAAGAAGAAGAAGAAACUUCUAAAGCAUUGAGUACAGAUGCGAGUGCAGUAAGUUUACCGUCUGAGACCCCUGUGGCGCCAGUUCCUCAGCGUGAAGAACAAAAUAAGAAUGGUCGAAUGGAAGCAAAAUUGGGACCACAAUCCUCCAAAGGGCGUAGCUAG